GAAACUGGACUGGAUGUUCAAAUCGUCGCUGCUCAUCGACCUCAUCAAGGGUGUCCGGUACCUGCACCAUCGGGACGUUGUCCACGGGCGRCUCAAGUCCCGGAACUGCGUCGUUGACGGACGCUUCGUGCUCAAGGUCACUGACCACGGCUUCAACCAAUUGCUGGAGGCGCAGCGGGUGCCGGCCCCGCCCCCGCAGCCGCACGGUGAGGGCGGGGCUCCGGGGGGCGGGGCUUAGCGAGGGUGUGGCUUUGGGGUGUGGCUUGUGGGCGUGGCCUUGGGGAAAUUAAUG